CCGGGGUGUACUAUAUAGGCUCUCGAAUCAAAACUGGGCAUUGGAAUCAAACGUACCCCCAUAAAGUUCCCGAGUUUCACUCAAUUCGUUUCCCGCCUCUGUCAUCCAGCACCAAUGGCGGACAACAAGAAGAAGCGUCGGCGAGCCACCCACGAAACAGGCGCUGACCGGAUCCCGUUCAAAUCCAAGGUCAAACCAGACUCUGUAAUUCUCCAAACCCUAAAAACCUUAAAGGAAGCCACACUAGCUUCUUCCUCCUCCUCCUCCAAAGCCCUAACCCUUUCCGACCUCGAGCUCACCGGUUCCUUCCGCGAAGUCAAAGAUCUCCCGCUUUCCUCUGUGAAAACCACUAUCGAGGAUCUCUUCCUCAGCCUUGCACGCUCCAUCCUCUCCGGCCAAGGCUUUUCCUACUCCGUCCCCUCCCGCUCCGCCGCCAACCAGCUCUACAUUCCCGAACUCGAUCGCAUCGUACUCAGGGAUAAGGCCUCCGUUCGCCAAUUCGCCAAUGUUUCCACCGUCCGCAAAACCACUAUCACCACUCGCAUCCUCCGGCUCAUCCACGAGCUCUGCUUGAAGAACAUCCACGUCACAAAGCGUGACCUCUUCUACUCCGACGUGAAGCUGUUCCGGGACCAGACGCAAUCCGACGCUGUUCUAGAUGAUGUGUCGUGUAUACUCGGCUGUACCAGAUCUAGCCUGAACGUGGUUGCUUCUGAGAAAGGGGUUGUUGUGGGAAGGCUUAUUUUCAGUGACGCUGGUGAUGUAAUAGACUGCACGAAGAUGGGAAUGGGAGGGAAGGCCAUACCCCCAAACAUUGAUCGGGUAGGGGAUAUGCAAAGUGAUGCACUGUUCAUACUAUUGGUAGAGAAGGAUGCUGCUUAUAUGAGACUGGCAGAGGACAGGUUUUACAAUCGAUUUCCUUGCAUAAUUGUGACGGCCAAAGGACAGCCAGAUGUAGCCACUAGGCUGUUCUUGAGGAAAAUGAAGAUGGAGUUGAAUUUGCCUGUGCUAGCUUUGGUAGAUAGUGAUCCCUAUGGAUUGAAGAUUCUGUCUGUGUAUGGGUGUGGAUCGAAGAACAUGUCCUAUGACAGUGCAAAUUUGACAACCCCGGAUAUAAAGUGGCUGGGGGUUCGGCCUAGCGAUUUGGACAAGUAUAACAUACCUGCGCUGUGCAGGCUGGAUAUGACGGAACAGGAUAUUAAAACAGGGAAGGAUUUGCUGGAAGAAGACUUUGUAAAGAAGAACCCGGGGUGGGUUGAAGAGUUGAGUUUGAUGGUUAAAUCCAAACACAAGGCCGAGAUUCAGGCUCUGAGCUCCUUUGGCUUUCAGUAUCUAACCGAGGUCUAUUUGCCAUUGAAACUGCAACAGAAAGAUUGGAUCUAAUGAUGCAGACAUGCCUAGUUUAAGUGUAUAAUACAGUAAGUAUUACACUUGCCCCCUACGGAUUUUAAAACCAGUAUGACUUUUUGUUUUUUAGAAAAAUGCACUAGAAGAAUCCCAGCUAUUAUUGAUCUGCUUUAAAUAAUCUAAACUAUCAAUUAUCUCAAAAUAAUCCCAACUAUUGAAUAAAAUUCUCGAAGUGCUCCAGUGACUUGUAGUAACCCGUAAAUGAUUGGUAUUGGAGAAGAAUACAUUUUUUCUUGUAUUCUUACACAGAAUUAUUUUACUCCCAAACAAGUGUUGUACUGGAAGAUAGAAAAGAAGGAAGGGUUUAACAUGAAGAUGGAAGCAUGUGGUUGUUCAUCUUAAAAUACAUUAUUAGUACACAAUCUGAUAGUAACAACAAAAACUCAAUUCAGUGCACCAUAGGAUGGAUGUGAGGAUAUCAGACUCAGUACAUCAAGAAGGAUCUCCUCUGUUUUUGACCUGCCUGGGACACACAUAUCAACGGCGUCCUCAAAGGAUUUGAGGUGCAGGAGGGAUGCAGCACGUGACAGCCAGCCAAGGGGCUCAAGAGCUGCGAUGUAACACUGGCGACCUGCUGACAGUUUAGUACUGAUAGCUGGAGUAUUAUUAGUAUUAUUAGUUUCUUAUAAUCCGUGUUAGUUCGAGUCCUAGUUGAAUUGGUCCGUUUCCUAAUGAAUUUAGGACUUCCGGCUUUAAGUUUUAUACUCUUAUGUAGCCUCUACAUAUUUAAGGGCCUUCUAUUAUAAUUCCUACAAACGUGGUUUUAGUAUUUAUUUCCGUCUUGCAUAGAUUUGAAAUUCCAAGCACUAAAAAAGCUGCACGAUGGAUGAAAUCUAAGGGCCUUCUAGUUUUUUUUGGAUUUCCAAGCACUGAUACGAGAGCUCCUAUUGCUUCCUCUUCUCUCCAUCUGUGCUAUCUUUGCCUUGGAUGAAAUCUUACGCUUGUGGUGUUAACAUUUUUCUGCAGGGAUGGUCAAAUAACUGCGUGAACUGAUAAAACCGAAGACCAAAAUGACAUAUUUGGUCUGACUGAAAAACUGAAAACCGUACUGGCUUUAAUCAAGAAUCCUAUUCCCAUAGACGGAGCUAUAAAUUAAAUUAGAAGUCUUAAAUCCAAAACAGCAAAGCAUAAAUCCUCAUCCCCAACCGAUUAAGGUCUGUAUACAUUUAACUUCCUCAAGAACGAACCUUUAGUGAAGGCUAAUAAAUCCCCAUCUUUCAUAUUUGCUUCAGCCAUCUUGCAAUUUGCUUAGAUCGGCAAGACUGCAACUAAUCCCAUAUUUCUUCACAUUACUUUUACAGUUCAGAUCUGCUUAUUUUUUAUGUUUAUGUUUUUUUUUUAAUUUGUAUGCUAGAUUUUCUUGUAUAAUACUACGUAAUACUGUAAUGUUAGAUCUGCAUGAUCAGAUUUUCAUGUCAGAUUCCCUAUUUAUUCUUUUUCCAUCAUUUGCAAUGGAGCCAAAGAUUCAUUAUUUUUUGGCUUGAGAAUAUGAUGGAAUAAAGCAAAAUGACUCACUAAACUGUUUGCGCUUCUUUGUUAUGAAGCAACAGUUAGUCCAUGCAAUUAUUGGACGCGAUUUUCACUAUGAGUCAUCCGGAAACAGUCUCUCUGUGCUUUAGUACAUGGGUAAGACUGCGUACAUACGACCCCCCUUACCCCACCGUAGGUGGAGCCUUUGUGGCACUGGGGUAAAUAAAAAUGAAAUGAAAUGAAAUGAUUCCCUAUUUAUUCUAAACGAACUGGAUGUUUUCUGGAAUUCUAGUCUUCUUCUCUUCUGCUAGUAUACUAGUAUAUUAUUUGUAUACUAGUAUAUUAUUUGACUUCUGAAUAUUAAUCAAAUUCUCAAUGGUUGCAUUUAUGUAUAUACUCAGUAAGUUGUUAAUGGUUAAUAGGUCAAUUAUAACAUCUGCAUACAAAAUUUGAAAGCUCGGAAUGAAAUAUCAAUUAGAAUGUUUUUAUAAUAGAUCUGUAAUUUUUUGGUCUAUUGUAAUUUGGUCAAAACUGGUCAGUUUAAGUUUGAUCUGAAUUGGUGUGGUAGAUGUUAAUUAUCUCUAUGUUUAUGUUACAAUUAUGUCUGAUUUGUUUAUAUCUAAUUUGAUUUGAUCUAUUUAAAAACAUCCCUAAUAUCCUAAAACUAACUUAACUGACAGUAACCUACAGGCUACAAUAUACGUUUCCGUCAGUUGAAUAUACCUCUUCGCAAGGUUAUUGGAGGAGAAAAGUAACAAAAUUAUCAAUCGAUUAGUUGGUUGAAUAAUUUUCGGGCAGCUUUUUAACUGGCCGAUCAGACUCUCGGGCUCAUUUUCUGCAUUCAAGCUCUAAAGAGGAAGCAGUUAGUUAAAUACAGUAUGAGGUUUAGGUUUAAUACGUAUGCGUUUUAUUCGUUAACAUUAUGAAAAAAUGGUUAAAAAUUCAUUGAAAAAACGUUGACUUUUAAAAAACGCGUCAACACAUAAACGUAGGGGUGGACUCGGGCCGGGCCAACCGGCCCGGGACCGGCCCGGAACCGGACCGGCCCGCUACUGUGCGGGCCCGGACCGGCCCGGUCACCCGGUUCUUGACCGGUUCGGGCCACCCGGCCCGGUUGUAUAGCGGUCCGGGCCCGGGCCUCCAUUUUAGGGAACCGGCCCGGCCGGGCGGGGCCCGGUUCGGGCCUCCAACGGCCAACUUUUUUAAUUUUUUUUUUUUUGUAAUUUGAAGAGGCUCCUCCUAG